AUGGCCGGGGAGCGGGCGGCGGCGCUGGUGCGGGAGCUGCACGGCGCCGCGGGCGGGCACCUGCCGCCCUUCCGGGCGGAGGAGCUGCGGCAGGCGCUGGAGGAGAUGCGGGCGCUGUACGAGCGGAACCAGGCGGACGUGUCCGAAGCGAAGUCAGGGCGGACGGACCUCAUCUUCCUCAUCCGGUUUCGCCACUGCUGCCUGCUCCGAAACCAGCGCUGCGUCGUGGCCUACCUGUAUGACCGGUUGCUGCGGAUCCGAGCCCUCAGGUGGGAGUACGGCAGCGUCCUGCCAAACGCCAUCCAGUUUCACAUGUCAGCUGAGGAAGUGGAGUGGUUCAAUCGGUACAAAAAGUCUCUGGCCACCUACAUGAGGUCAGUAGGAGGAGAGGAGGGGCUGGACCUUACACAGGACCUAAAACCUCCUAAAAGCCUGUACAUCGAAGUGCGGUGUUUAAAAGACUAUGGUGAAUUUGAGAUCGAUGAUGGUACCACCGUCCUGUUGAAGAAGAAUAGCCAGCACUUUUUACCCCGCUGGAAAUGUGAGCAGCUAAUCAGACAAGGAGUCCUGGAGCAUGUCCUGUCGUAAGCAUUCAGGACCGGACCCUUCCCUGGCAGCCUGUCUCCUGCAGAGAUCGAGUGCCGUCGCGUGCAGGACUUCAGCCACGUCAGUGCUCCUGCACAGAGCACCCUGCAGCUCCUCUUAACAGCCUCUGCCACCUGACACGAAGAUCUGCAAGCCGCACUGGCCAGCCCUUCGUGACUGAGGGACGCGCGCUGGUAACGCAGCGAGCCUGGGGCUCCAGCACGGGGCGCAGGGUGUUACCCAGGCCCUGCAGCUACCAAUAGGUUUUGAGGGUGCGUUUCUCUUUGAAGCACUGCUUUAUUCAUGCCGUGCAUCUCCAAACAUGAGACUGGCUGGGCUCUGGAAGCCGGGGAAUGCCGUGGUUGUGAAAUAAAGAACUGCUUCAGCUUCA